GAGAGAGAGAGAGUGAGUAGGAGAGGGUGAGAGACCGAGAGACUGCGGACUCUCUUCCCGCAUCGCUAUUGGUUUCUCCUUCUCGCGCACGCCCGAGCUCCUCCUUGCGAGCGCACACGCGCUUCUUCCCGUCCUUACCCGUGCGCGCACACGCGACUCUCUCCCCCAAACCUGCUCGCACCUGUCAGCGGGCGGAGGAGCCCCGGCACGCGCGCCCGCGCCUCCUCUCUCCUCUCCAUGCCAGCGCCGCCGCGACAAUGGUGCAGAAAUCCCGCAACGGCGGGGUUUACCCGGGCCCGCAGACCGAGAAGAAGCUCAAGGUGGGCUUUGUGGGGCUCGAGGCGGCCGCGGCGGAUUCGAGUCGUGAUGGCGCGCUGCUCAUCGCCGCCAGUGACGCGACCAAGCGCGGCAGCAUCCUGAGCAAGCAACGCUCCGGCAUCGCGGGCAAGAAGCCGCCCAAACGCAACGCCUUCUAUCGGCGCCUGCAGAAUUUCCUCUACAAUGUUCUGGAGAGACCACGAGGCUGGGCGUUCAUCUAUCACGCUUAUGUUUUCUUGCUGGUGUUCUCCUGUUUGGUCCUAUCUGUGUUCUCAACCAUCAGGGAGUAUGAAAAGAGCUCUGAGGAUGCCUUGUACAUACUGGAAAUUGUAAUGAUAGUGGUGUUUGGAGUUGAAUACAUUGUAAGAAUUUGGUCAGCGGGAUGUUGCUGUCGAUACCGAGGAUGGAGAGGCAGGCUAAAGUUUGCUCGAAAACCUUUUUGUGUCAUAGACAUCAUGGUGCUAAUAGCCUCCAUCUCAGUGUUGGCAGCUGGCACACAGGGCAAUGUGUUUGCCACCUCAGCCAUCAGAAGUCUCCGCUUCCUCCAAAUCCUCCGCAUGAUUCGCAUGGACCGCCGUGGAGGAACCUGGAAACUGCUGGGGUCUGUUGUCUAUGCUCACAGCAAGGAGUUGAUCACAGCUUGGUACAUUGGCUUCCUGUGCCUGAUCCUGGCCUCUUUCCUUGUGUAUCUGGCCGAGAAGGAGGAAAACGAGAUGUUUGCGACCUAUGCUGAUGCUCUGUGGUGGGGUCUGAUCACACUGACCACAAUCGGGUAUGGAGAUAAGUAUCCAAUAACGUGGAAUGGACGUCUUCUUGCAGCAACAUUCACCCUCAUCGGAGUGUCUUUCUUUGCCUUGCCCGCUGGAAUCUUGGGCUCUGGCUUUGCCUUGAAGGUCCAGGAGCAGCAUCGGCAAAAACAUUUUGAAAAACGACGGAAUCCAGCUGCAGGGCUCAUUCAGGCAGCCUGGAGAGUGUAUGCUACCAAUCUCUCUCGCACAGACCUGCUGUCAACCUGGGACUACUAUGAGAGAACUGUGUCAGUCCCUAUGUACAGACUCAUCCCACCCCUUAACCAGCUUGAUCUGCUGAGAAAUCUGAAGAGUAAAUCUGGCCUUUCUUUUAGGAAGGAAGCCCAACCAGAGCCAUCCCCAAGUCAGAAGGUCAGUCUGAAAGAACGAGUGUUCUCCAGCCCGAGAAGCUCGGGAACAAAGGGAAAAAGUUCACCUCAGGGCCAGCAGCCUCUGAGACGCUCUCCCAGUGCAGAUAACAUUGAAGACAGUCCUUCUAAGGUGCCCAAGAGUCUGAGUUUUGGUGAUCGUGGCCGUGCUAGACAAGCAUUUCGCUUCAAAGGGGCAGCUUCACGCCAAAACUCAGAAGUGCUGAUUGAGAUGCAGGCAGAAGAUUUGAGGCAGAAGAGCUCUCCAGAAGCCAGCCUACCCGGAGAGGACAUUGUUGAUGACAAUAAGAGCUGCCACUGUGAGUUUGUUCCACAAGAUUUAACACCAGGAAUAAAAGUUACCAUCAGGGCAGUGUGCAUUAUGCGGUUUAUGGUGUCAAAGAGAAAGUUUAAGGAGAGUCUCCGGCCUUAUGAUGUGAUGGAUGUUAUUGAGCAGUAUUCAGCUGGACACCUAGACAUGUUGGCCAGGAUUAAAAAUCUGCAGUCCAGGAUAGAUAUGAUAUUGGGUCCUCCAGGUCCCACCACUCCCCGCCAUAAGAAGUAUUCAACCAAGGGAACCAAAGAGUCGCCCCAGUUCUCACCUAGGGUCGACCAGAUUGUUGGGAGAGGUGCUCCAAUCACAGACAAGGAUCGUCCUAAAAGCUCAACAGAAGCAGAAAUUGCGGAGGAUCCAAGCAUGAUGGGAAGGCUUCUGAAAGUAGAGAAACAGGUGAUGUCAAUGGAAAGGAAACUUGAUUUCUUGGUAAAUGUCUACAUCCAGAGAAUGGGAAUUCCACAGUCUGAGACAGAUGCCUACUUUGGUUCUAAGGAGCCUGACCCAGCCCCACCGUACCAUAGCCCAAUCGAGCAUAUGGAGAAGUCUGGCUCUAUUACCAAGAUCAUCCGUUCUAACAGCUCAACUGGCCAAAAGAACCUUGAUGCUCCUCCAUCUGCAUGUGUCAACCAGAACAACUGCCCUCCAUCCACUUCUUGGCAACCUCAUGCCCUUCCUGGACCCCCUCAGUGCUGCAGAGGCACCUCCCCAGUAGGUGACACCUCCUUGGUGCGAAUCCCACCCCCACCAACUCAUGAGCGCUCCUCUAGUGGCCAUAAUGGCUCCAACCGAGGCUCUCGUGGCAGUGCAGUGGAGGAGGUGAAGCCGGGAGCUGUGUCUCAGCAGCAGGCGGGUGCUGACAGUGACACGUCCAUCUCCAUUCCCUCUGUGGAUCACGAGGAGCUUGAGCGCUCCUUCAGUGGCUUCAGUAUCUCACAGUCUAAAGAGAACCUAGAGUUCCUUAACAACGCAUACUUCAGUGGCGUGACACGCUGCUCCAAAGUGAGGCCCUACAUCGCAGAGGGUGAGUCCGAUACAGACUCUGAGCUUUGUGCCCCUUCACCUCAUUCUGCCACUGGAGAAGGAGCAUACAGUGACAGAGGCUGGUCUGGCCCCAAGUAAAUCUGAAAGUGAGCUUUCAAAGUUGGAUUUUCUGUUGGGGGUGGUAACCUCUGAACAAACCACAGGCAACAUGUGGCAAGAAGCUGUAUUUGUUAAAACCACAGCUACUUCCUACAGACACAGCUCUGAAUUCCAUGCCAGAUUCCUGGUAGUAAUGCCGACCGCCUAAAUGUGGAGCUUUCUGGUACUUAAGAAUUUCCUAGACAGGUGGUACUUGUGGCAGUUACCUUUUAAAGCUGUCAUUCAUCUUUUGAGAGACAAGCAUCUACUGCUCAGACAUUGUGCAUCUUUCCUUAAAAAAAUCUAAGCAAGAGAAAGGCACAGGAAAAGAUUAGCCAGCAGGGGAAAAAUGCGUCACCUUAAGUUACAUACUUCUUCACCCUCAUUUGUCCAGCCAUUCAGGUUAUGUUUAUCCAGUCACACUGUCUUAGUACUCUGAGACAGACAAGAUGGUUUCUUGUUGAUCACAUUAGCCCAUGGAUGCACUUCAAAAUAUAAACUGCUUUAAAAUUGUCCAAUAUUCAAUAUCUUCCAUCAUGACAAAAUUAUUUUUUAGUAAAAUUGUACUCCUAUAGGAAAAAAAGAAACCAUUUACUUAUAUGUAAAAAAGGUACAAUAUUUCAAUGUAUCAGGUUUCAACCUUUUUAAAUAAUCACUGGUUUUAAUAAUUUGCAUGAAUUUAGAAUAUUUAUACAAUUUAUUUGAUACAAACCUAUGGCUUAAAAAAGAGAGGAAAAUAAGCUUAAUAUUUUAUGCAGAAGCUUUGUUCUUUUCGUAAAAAGAGAACCUCUGAAGCUAUCUAUAAAUAUAAUGUAUAUUAACUAUUACCAUAAAUAUUGACACAUUUAACAAAUCAAAAUGUAUAGAUGCAUAGAUCAUGUGUAAUUUUUGCGCCAUAAAAAAAAAUUUGUUGUCUGGAAUCAAAGAAUUGAAUACUUGCUCUAUUCAUUUUUAUAUAUUUUAAACAAACGGACAUCUUUUUUUGUUGAUGGAUAACCAGUUCAUACAUAGCCUUGUAUGCUGCCUUUGCUUUUUCCUAGAACAUGAGCAGAUUGUACUGUAAUGUUGCAUCACAGCUUUUGUCCAUUUGAAGCUGUAAUGUUUUACUGAUCAUUAGUUGGCAUGAUCAAUUUUUACUAAACACUAAAGAGGAGUCAUCAGUUCUUUUAUUGUGAUAUUGCACAGUUCUGAACACAGACGUACUUACCACACGUGUGCACCGGCCCUGUCAACAGUUCAUUAUUUCAUGGAUUUUUGCCCUUUUUUUCCCCUCUUGUUGUAUGCAACCACCACAAAAUCAUUUCUGUGUUACACAAAACAUACUUCUGGCCAUGCAGCCCUGUUAUGCAGGUCAACAUUCUCAGAGGUAGGUGUGGGUGAUAGGGCAAAAAUGUAAUUUCACUUAAUAUUAAGCUACUUUUGACAAAGUGACACCACUGGUUGUUGUUUACAAAUUCUAUAACAGAUCUCACUUUUUUAUGAAACAUGAACUUGUUCUGUGCUUGAGAAGUCACCCUAUAUCACACUUCCCUAACAACAGGAGAAUGUGUAUAUUAUAUUAUAAUGGAGUAACAAGUGGAAUCCUCUUUUGGCAAUAGGAAUAUAGCUACUUCUGAAAUUCUUCUAGAUAUCAGCAGUGAAGUGUACAACUGGAACUCAAGCUGAACACCUUUUUAUAGAGUGCACAUGUUGGCUUAUUUCAAGCUUGUGUAAAUGCACACCUUGUGUAUGAAUUGGUUCCGCAAUGUUCAGUGUCUUAUCUACACCGCAUACUUACUGUUCAGCCUCUGUUAUAGCCUUCAAGUGCACAUUCCACAAAGUGCAUCUUCAAAGAGAACAGCUUGGUUUACAUCAUAUUCGUCUUCCAUGUAGCUUGUCUUACUUUAUCCAAAACAGACAUCUGUUAGAAACACUAUCACUGAACCAUCAUCUCCAUACCAAUAUUAAAGGGAGAAGAAGUGUAACCAUGCUGAAAACUCACAUUUCUGAAGAGGUGGGUGUGAUGAUAAAGCUACAAAUUAGCUUAAACUUUGCUAAAGUCUAAUAUAAUGUGGGUGAGGAAUCAAUAUGCAGGCCUUAACUUACAUAUUGUAUAUGAAAUGCUACGCCAACAGUUCUCUCUUGUCCAUUUAGAAAGUGUGAUAGAAGUGUUAUCAAAUCAUUUACAACGCUCAUUUUAGCACCCACACACACAGGUCUAAAAAGGUGUCAUGGUGUCAUUAUACACCAGAAAUAUCUGUCAUGAUCAUUGAUUUGUGUUUUAUUGCAUAUCUUGUCAUCACAGCUGCCUUGGUUUGGAAAAAAAAAGAAGAAUUGUUUGAUUUUUUCCAAAGAAUAUUAUGUAUUUUGCUAAAUAUCCUUUGGUGUUUUGUCCAUGUUUUCUGUAAUGUAUAAGUGUCCUCUUGCUGCAAUUCUGUUUUGAACACACAUUGUGCUUGUGAAUGUAUAAUUGAACGCUAUCUCGCUUGCACACUCACUGGCUCUGGCAGAUAUAGACAACCAUUAUUCAUAAUGUAAAUUGAUUUUGAUUUGUAUAAAUGAUAUUUUUGGCUCACACUGAUUUGUAAGGCAUCACAUUUGCUGUAGGUUAAGGUGACCCAUUCUUAAUUUGUAUUAUAAGCUAAUUUUGGGCAAGUGAGUAGAAUUAAAUUUUCUAUCUUUUGAGAAUUUAAUCAAAUCAAAGUUAUAAGAACUAAAAUUCACAUGCGGAAUGGUACAGGUGUGAUUAACAGCUCCCAUGUACAGAACUGUGCAAAAGUCUUAGGCACAUGUAAAGAAAUGCUGUAGAACAAAGAUGCCUUCAACAAUAAUGGAAAUAAAUGUUUCACCAUUUUAAAAAAAUACUAUAAAGAGCAGCCACGGUUCUUCUGGAGACACUGAAUUUCGCACUUCCUUCUUAUUUUUGCAGCAAAAUCCAGCAGCCUUCAUUAUGUUUUUUUUGUCUGAAAAGCGUCUCUUACCACUUAAUAUGCUGCUUUCUUUACUGACAUACAAACAUUUUUCUGCAAUAUUUAAUUUUGUGCUGGAAAACUAAUGUUUGGGAAUCUAAAAUGUUUUUCUACUGACUUGAUAAUGUAGAAGUCACAAAAUAAAAAUCUAUAACAAAGUUUGUACUAAAAAAAUAGGAUGCCUAAAACUUUUUCACAGUACUGUUCAAUCACUGUAGCUCAGAACAUGGCUGUCUAUCUCUGCUUAAAACAAAAACAACAACAACAACAAAAACACAGGACACAGAAGACAGGUACAGAGAACGAGCAAUACUUAACGCAUGUCAUGUAACCUGCAAGCCUUAUGUUUUUUUUUUCUCCAACUCAUGUCUCAAGUGGCAAUUACAUGAUUUAUGUUUACAUUUUAAAAAAAACAAAAAACAUUUUCAAUAUCGAAGCUUUUAGUGGAAAACUGUCUUUGCAAAGUCUGUAACUUCAAUGCAACACAGCGGCAUUUGCAAUGUGUUAACGGUCUCCUGUCAUAUACAUGAUUGUUUUACACAAAAGGCACUUUUUUUUAUUUACUUAAAUGAAUAAAAUGCUUGCCAGCAUGUUUUAAACCACUGAAUGCCAUAAAUAUAGCUUUUGAUUGUCAUGUAGCAUAUCCCUUGUGUAGUCACUCAAAUCCAUGGGAGCUGUAUAAUAAACUUUGUAUUAUUAGAACAGUU